GUCUCUUUACGGAUAUAAAGGUCAAGGCGAGGAAGAUUCCAGUCAUUCCACCGAGUAAUAAUACUUACAGGAUUAUUGGAAAUAUUUGAUAUUCCCAAUACUGCAUAGUUUUUUGCUGGAAGUAUGGAUAGUCAGCAGAACCAGGAAAUACAAGCCAAGAAAUCUGUUGAUAGUACUGGGAUCUAUUUUAACCCCGAGAAAGAUACUCCAACGUACAAAAUGGUUGUUGACGGUGCGUUGAAGGAAUUGAUGGAGUUUUAUAAUGCCAAAGAGAAUGAAAACGGGUGGAAGUUCGUAGGAAAUAUAAAAGGUGUCGAAGUUCUCAGAAAGCCUGCGAGUCCUGACUUUAGUAUUUGGGAUUGCUCAAAAGGCACAAUAGAGAUUAAUGUUCCAUUGCACUUUCUGUUGUCUUAUCUUGAUAAUUUUGACAAUGUGCCUGACCAUGAUGAGAUGUUUGAUGCCGGUGAAGAGAUUGAAGUGCUAGGAGGUCUUACUAAGGUUAUCUACUUGAAGUACAAAGGCAUAUGGCCAGUCAGUCCUCGAGAUUUUUGUAGCAUAAGUGCUGUUCGCGUCUUACAAGAUGGUACAGUAACGUUUUUCACAAAACACGUUGAACAUCAUUCAUGUCCCCCUUGCAAGAAAUAUGUCCGGGGUUCGAUUCUAAUUGCCGGCGUUGUGCUCAAAGUUCUUAGCGAAGAUCCACCGCGAAUCAUGUCGACUAAUGUAGCUCAUUUUGAUUUAAAAGGUAGUGUUCCAGCCACCAUUAUUAACAUGGUCACUGCAAACCAAGGAGGACGUAUCGGAUUGAUCAAGGAAGCUGUAGAAAAAAUGUACAACGAAGAACUGGACAAUCCUGAUAGGGCGCCAUCCAAGUUCAAAAAGGACGCACUGGAAUUUGCUGAGAAAGUGAAACGGGCCAGAGAGGUUAUGGCGAAUUAAGACUGCAUAAUCAUAAGGAGUUUCCCUUUUUUAAUGCAUUGGGGUGGAAAUCAAAUUAAAAUUUUGUGAAAAUCAAA